GGGCCCUGUGUGGCAGUCUCAGUGGGAAGAGGAAGAAGAGGAUGAUGUACCUGACGACCAAGAACGCCGAAUUCGACCGACACGAGCUGCUGAUCUACGAGGAGGUGGCACGGAUGCCUCCGUUCCGCCGGAAAACGCUGGUGCUGAUCGGCGCGCAGGGCGUGGGGCGCCGCAGCCUCAAGAACAAGCUCAUCAUGUCAGACCAGGCUCGAUACGGCACCACCAUCCCCUACACGUCUCGGAAGCCGAAGGAGAGCGAGAGAGAUGGGCAGGGGUAUCGUUUUGUGUCCCGGGGGGAGAUGGAGGCUGACAUCAAGGCAGGGAAAUACCUGGAGCACGGCGAGUACGAGGGCAACCUGUACGGCACCCGGAUCGACUCCAUCCGCGCCGUGGUGGAGGCUGGCAAGAUGUGCAUCCUGGAUGUCAACCCCCAGGCAGUGAAGGUGCUGAGAACAGCUGAAUUCGUGCCCUACGUGGUGUUCAUCGAGGCUCCCUGCCCCGAGACCCUGCGUGCCAUGAACCGCGCGGCGCUGGAGAGUGGUGUGGCCACCAAGCAGCUCACGGACACACAGCUCAUG